AUGCCGAAGAGCCAGGUGGGAGCAACGAACAACCCCAAGGCACUAGUUUUUGGGGUGACCAACGACCUGCUGCAUGGGGACUGCGACGGCGACGGCACCCGCCAGGAAUCCCUGUUGGCAUCAAACCUAGGAAAGCUCCUCUUCAGCCCCACUUUAAUUAAGCCGGGGAGCAGCAAGUCUAACCCACCACCAGCCGACCACACAACCCAGCCAAAGCCAGAGCAGCUUCUGGAGGUGGGAGGCAGGAGACAGACGCUCAGCAGGAAGGCGACGCAUCCCGAGUGUGACAGCAAGCACAGAAAUCCCUGCAGCACCGUGUUUAUUCCCGUUUGGCUCGGCGGGACCUUCUUCUUCAGCGUCCCGGGGGACAUCACCGAGCAGCGCACGCAAAGGGGGAUGCCCGAGGGGGAGCGGCACGUGGCGGCCGAGGCGGGGGACCUCGUCCGGCUCUUCCUGCGGCGCAGCCGGGGCGGUGCCUACUUCGAGCCCUCCCCACUCUUGGUGGUGGCCAACGCCAAUGUCCUCUGUGCUCUCUGCUUCGGCAGCCGCUACAGCCACACCGACAGCGAGUUCACGGCGCUGCUGGGCCGUAACGACCGCUUCGGGCAGACGGUGGGAGCAGGCAGCAUGGUGGAUGUGCUGCCCUGGCUCCUGCACUUCCCCAACCCCGUGCGCCGUGUCUUCCGUGACUUCCAAGCCCUCAACCGGGAGCUGCACAGCUUCGUGCGUGCCAAGGUGGUGCAGCACCGCCAGACCUUCGACCCGCGCACCCUCCGCGACAUCAGCGACAUCAUGAUCGCUGCUGUGGAGCGCGGCGACAGGCCCCCCGAGGGGCUGGGACCCAAGGACGUGGAGGGCGCCAUGACUGACAUCUUUGGCGCGGGGCAGGACACCACGUCCACAGCGCUCUCGUGGGUCCUCCUGCUGCUGCUGAAGCACCCGCAGCUCCAGCAGGACCUCCAGGCUGAGCUGGACCGGGUGGUGGGACGCUCCCGGUUGCCCACGGCGGAGGACCGGCCCCACCUGCCCCUCCUGGAGGCCUUCAUCUACGAGACGCUGCGCUACAGCAGCUUUGUGCCCAUCACCAUCCCACAUGCUACCACGGACGACGUGGAGUUCGAGGGCUUCCACAUCCCCAAGGGCACCGUGGUCUUCAUCAACCAGUGGUCGGUCAACCACGACAGCAGCAAGUGGCCCGACCCGCAACGCUUCGACCCCGCGCGCUUCUUGGAUGUGCAGCAGCACCUGGACCGCGACCGGGCUGGCAGCGUCAUGAUCUUCUCAGCCGGCCAGCGGCGCUGCAUCGGCGACCAGCUCUCCAAGCUCCAGCUCUUCCUUUUUGCCGCCAUCCUCCUCCACCAGUGCUCCUUCCACGCCAACCCGGCGGAGCACCUCACCAUGGACUGUGUCCACGGGCUGGCGCUGAAGCCGCAGCCCUUCACCGUCACCGUGCGUCAGAGGCACCCCGCGCUCAUCCAGCCCUGA